CGUCACGUCAAGGAGGCUCUCAUUGCCAAGCACCGCGUUGAUCUUUAAGAAUUGCUCUCAUUUACAAUCGCAUGGGAGGAACGAGCACGUGCUGAGAACGAAGUCUAUGCCAUUUUGAGUACAGAAAGCACACGCCUUCUUGUUCCUCCUCUUCGACGAUAGUACCUACAGCUAUUGCUACUAUCUGCUAUUCUCUGCUUCGUUACAAUUGAAUCUGCCUCUUUGAAACAAUGGACAGACUUCACUCGGAUCCCAGCUUUCUAAUCUGUCCGGACUUCAUGAUAGAACGGUACCGAAUUAGCCGCACAAGUAUGGUCACCGCCAAUGUGACAGAAGCUCAAGCAGCAGAUACGCUACGCAACAUCUGGACGACUACUAACGAAGCUCUCUGUGUCCAAUGGGUCGAGCAGGUAGCAGAAGACGCUCGGUUAGCAGAGGAAGAGAAGCGUGUAGCAAAGGAAGAAGCGGAACGUCUUCAAGUCGCUCAUCAGCUGGAAGAAGACAUGCUGAAAGCGGACGAGAAGAAAAAGAACCGGAUCAAGCAUCUAGAGAUUCCGAUGAGACCCAGACCCUUCACCAACGAUGAAGAGGCUUUAGUGUCAGAAUUUGCUCUGCGAAAAUUGGACAAAGGUCAUUAUGUCGAACUAUACUACUGGACCAACGACGGUCUCGACGAUGCAGUAACCAACUAUCGCACCCGCGACGACGAUAGCAUGGUUCCUACCACCGGAGAAGAUGGCUCCACGGUCUGGAUAAGCUCUGCAGCGUCCAAACCCUCCGCAGGAGUUAUUGCUGAUUGUGAUCUAACUCCAGCAGACUUCGCUCAAGCCAUCCCGCGCAUAGUUAACGCUCUUGAAGAACGAGACUGGGCUCCCCAACGAGUGGUGAUGCUCACUAGAUUCUGGGGAGCCAUCAUGCUGCAUCGAUACUGGAACUCCAGAGAUUUGCUAGCACAAAGAACCAUUCUACUGUUCCAGGAAGAACAACGUCGUGCGUGGCACCAUGCGAUACCUUCAGCAAAAGGAGCGUGGAACAUAUCCAUAAUUGAUGAACAAGCUUUGUCCCGCACCUUCGAUCGCAUGUAUCGUGCUUCGCUCUUCCGCCCAGACGUAACGAACCCAGAUACUCAGGUGCGUAAAUCUAUGAUUUGGUAG